GGAGCAGCAUCAACCAGCCGAUGGAAAGGAAAAAGGAAAACGAAAUAAGAGCAGCCUAUGUGACCUGUAGGACGGCACCGAAGGCCUCGGUCCCAACCACCGCCACCACCUCCCCCAAUCCCAAAAAUUCGUUGCUUUCCGGACAAGCACGCACAGGUCAAUUUCUUCCAGAAUUUCAGACUUUGAGCAGCAUCAGAUCGAGUACCCCCUCUCACUCUCAGCAGCGGGCAAGGUAGCAUAGCAGCUGGUGGAAGCAUCUCAUCUCCCAUCUCAUGAUCCCUUCUCCACCUCCCUCCCUCGCCUUUCACAUUCCCCAACACCUGUAAAGCAGCAGAGCACCAAACUGCAAGCAGAGACUGUCACAGACAGGAUAGCCACUCAUCUCCUGCCUCCGCUUCUCUCGUCUCCCUCGCCACAGUUCGUCGGACCAGAAACUCAUGCAGAUCCUCCCUCUGCUCUGCCGGUUCUAGAGCUUGGCAGUCUCACGAUGUCCUGACGGGGCAGAGAUUUGCUCGUCUCAUCUCAUCUCUGUACCUUGUGAUUCUUCUCCGUCUUCUUGGCCGUCCGGUCAUCUGCUGCGCUUCUGUCUUCCAUGGCCGCAAUGUUCAAUCCUCCUCCGGCUCCAAGGGCUCUUGGGCCGCAGCCGACGUGGAUGCCCUACGAGCCGACCAGGGAUUGCUCCCAGGGCCUGUGCAGCAUGUACUGCCCGCAGUGGUGCUACUUCAUCUUCCCACCCCCGCCGCCGGUCUUCGACAUCGCCGGCCCCAGCGGCGACGGCGACGGCGACUCCGGCCCCGCCUUCUCGCCCCUCGUCAUCGCCAUCAUCGGGGUGCUCGCCAGCGCCUUCCUCCUCGUCAGCUACUACACCAUCAUCUCCAAGUACUGCGGCACCUUCAGCUCCCUGCGGAGCAGGCUCUUUGGCCCCGGCGCCGGCCGCGGCGGUGGUGGCGGAGGCGGUGGCGACGGCCGGGGCGAUUCCAGGAGACAGGAGGAGUGGGAGGUCUCGCCGUCGGACGGGAUGGACGAGACGCUGAUCAGAAAGAUCACCGUGUGCAAGUACAAGCGCGGCGACGGGUUCGUCGACUCCACGGACUGCUCCGUCUGCCUGGGCGAGUUCCGGGACGGCGAGAGCCUGCGGCUGCUGCCCAAGUGCAGCCACGCUUUCCACCUGCCGUGCAUCGACACCUGGCUCAAGUCGCACUCCAACUGCCCGCUCUGCCGCUGCAACAUCGCCUUCGUCGCCGUCGGCAUGGUUUCGCCGGAGCCGGAGGGCGGUGCUGCGCCUGCGCCGCGGGAGGACCGGAGAGGCAGCCAAGAAUUCGCUCUGACGAUCGACGACUACUCCUCCGGGCAAGCGCGCGACGAGCCACAGAUUGUGGCGAGCAGCAACAGCGGCGGCAAUCAGGAGGCGAAGGAUCGUCCGGGGAGAUCCGAGGCGGCCAAUGGCGUAGUCGUCGAGAUCAGAGAGGACGGCACCGUCCCGCCGGUCCCUGCCAGGGUGCCUGCGCCGAUGCCAGACACGCAGCGUGAAGCCCGCAUGUCCAUUGCCGACGUGCUGCAGGCCAGCCCAGAAGACGAGCGUACGGUGGGCAGGGAGGGCGGCCUCCUGCAGGCAGGCUCCUCGAGGCGGUGCCACGGGGAGCACAGCAAGGAACCGCCGGAUGCACCGACGAAGAAGCUGCCGCCGGCUGGCAGGUCGUGCUUCAGCGGCAAGGGUGGCGGCAGAGGAAAGGAUCCAGGCCCUCCAGUGUGAUUUCAUUGCGGCGAUGAUUUCUCAGGCAUUCUUCUUCUUCUUCUGUUAACUACCACUCCAGUAGAACACUUGACCGUGAUGAUACUUUUCCCGUCGUGUGCUUCCGGUGGAGAUCACGUCGCCAGCCGAAUCAGAGUCUGGAGAUUUCUUCUUCGUCGUAAUGAUCUCUACUUGCGAAUCGCCAGCAUGCCUGCUGCACAAAUCCAAUCUGUGCAACUGCAAUGGCUGCACCUGCUGAAUGGUGAUUGUGCAACUCUGCUAGAUAAAUUGUAUAGGAAAUGAUUUCUCUUCUUCUUCUUCUUCUUCUUCUUCCAUGUUGCCUCUCCUCUCUCUCUCUCUCUCUCUCUCUCUCUCUACACGAUUGGAUUCUGCUCCAGGGCAUUCUCUCUGGAUUAGUGAGUUAACUAUAUCUCAUUAGGCGAAAUGUUUUGUUUGCAAUGGGGAGUGUGGCCGCUUCACCUUUUGUCGCA